UCUCUACAUCUCUCCCUCCCUCUGUUGAGACAACAAUAUGAGAACAUCAAUACUAUUGUUGUUGUGUAACCUAGUCUUAUUUCUGUCCUUGUUUUGUGCCUGUUUUUCUUAUUCUUCUUCCUUGGAGCAAUCAUGUCUCCACGAUCAGAUGUCUUCUUUGCUUCAACUGAAGCAUGAGCAAUCUUGUUCCUAUAAUUAUGAUACUCUCAAGUCUUGGAAGCCCAAUACCAAUUGUUGUUCAUGGACUGGCGUCACUUGUGAUGGACACACCGGUCAUGUGAUUGGUCUCGACCUCAGUUCAUCUGGACUCUGUAGUUCUAUCCAUCCCACCAGUGGACUAUUCCAUCUUCGUCACCUCCAAUCACUCACUCUGUUCAACAAUUCAUUUGAUGGCUCUAUUCCAUCUGGGUUCGAUCAACUCUCCGAGUUAACACAUCUCGACCUCUCUUGGAAUUCUUUUCGAGGUCAAAUCCGUGCCAAUUCUGCCCUUUUCCUCCUUCCUAAUCUCCAAACACUCAAUCUCUCCGACAACUAUUUUAAGGGAUCUAUCCCAUCUGGGUUCGAUCAACUCUCCGAGUUAACACAUCUCGACCUCUCUUGGAAUUCUUUUCAAGGUCAAAUCAUGCCAAUUUUAGCAUCUUCCACCUUCCUAACCUCCAAACACUUGAUCUCUCCUUCAACAAAUUUGAGGGCUCUAUUCCAUAUGGGUUUGAUCGACUCUACAAGGUUGAAACUUGAAAACCCCAACCUGAGAACUCUCAUUCAUAAUUUAUCCAGUUUGAUUGAGCUUGAUCUUGAUUCGGUGAACAUGUCAGAUUAUGAUAAGAAUUAUUGGUAUCGGAGCUUAUCCUCGAUGCUCUCUAACCUUCAACGGCUAUCAUUGUCUAACUGUUCACUUUCAGGGCCCAUGGAUGCAUCCCUUUCAAACCUCCAUUUCCUCUCAGAGCUCGAUCUUGGCUUCAACAAUUUAUCUUCCAUAUCAAUACAAGAUCUCCUAGGGAGACUUCCUUCUUUGAGAGUAUUGAGUCUCUUCUCUACAGGAUUGUAUGGAGAGCUUCCAGACAACUUUUUCAGCCUACAACCGGACUUACAAUAUUUGGAUUUAUCUUACAACAAUCUCCUCUUAGGUCAAAUCCCUUCCUUUUUGAAGGACAAAUUCCCCAAUCUUCGGGAUCUACAAUUGAGUAACAAUUUGCUUCAAGGACCGAUUCCAUCUUCCUUUGCAAAUCUUACCCAACUUAAAAUUUUGAAUCUUUCAAAUAAUAGUUUGACGGGCCAAAUCUCUUCCAUUUUCAAGGAUGGAUUUCUCAAUCUUUGGAUUUUUCAAUUGAGUAACAAUUUGCUUCACGGACCAAUUCCAUCUUCCUUUGCAAAUCUUACCCAACUUGAAAUGUUGGAUCUUUCAAAUAAUAGUUUGACGGGCCAAAUCCCUUACAUUUUCAAGGAUGGAUUUCCCAAUCUUCAGAUUCUAAGGUUGACAAACAAUUUGCUUCAAGGGCCCAUUCCAUCUUCUUUUGCAAAUAUUACCUACCUUUCCCAAUUAGAUUUUUCAUAUAAUAAUUUGACUGGUCAAAUUGAUUCCUUCUUCAUGGGUAGAUUUUUCAAUAUUAGGUACAUAACCUUAAGGAACAAUUUGUUUGAAGGACCGAUCCCUAACUCUACCUGUACCAGAGGAACUAAUCUGGAAGUUCUUGAUUUGUCCUAUAACAAAUGGAGCGGUGUGAUUCCAAGGUGCUUUGGUCACUUGUCUGGCAAUCUAAUUGUCCUAAAUCUCGAGCAAAACAACUUGACUGGGCCCAUUCCCGAUGCUUACACCAAAGGAUGCAAACUACAAAUAGUCAAAGUCAAUGGGAAUCAACUACAGGGAAAAUUACCAACAUCAUUGAAAAGUUGCAAGGAUAUGGAUGUGUUAGAUGUUGGGAACAACCAGUUGAGCAGCACCUUUCCCUUCUGGUUGCAAAGCCUACCCCAAUUGCAUGUUUUGGUUUUGCAAUCGAACAAAUUCUAUGGCCCCAUUACACAAAAAUCAAAGGCUGAUUUUCAUUCUCCCUUCCCAAUGCUACAUGUCUUUGACAUCUCUCUAAACAUAUUUACAGGAGAAUUGCCCCUGGAAUAUAUUUGUCAAUGGAAAUCAUUGUUGAAUACAGAUAUGAAGAAGAUCAUAGAAACAUUCACCACCAUAAAUCUUUCUAGCAACAAGUUUCAAGGAAAUAUUUCAGUUGCAAUUGGGAAACUUAAAGCACUAAUGGGGCUCAAUUUAUCUGCAAAUGACCUCACGGGUCAAAUUCCAUCAUCAUUUUCUCAGUUGAUCAGGCUUGAGUCAUUAGAUCUUUCCAGAAAUAGUUUAUCAGGGAAAAUCCCCCAACAAUUGGCAGCUCUCGCAUUCCUUUCAGCUUUGAAUCUAUCACAAAACCAUCUCACAGGAAGUAUACCACAAGGCAACCAGUUUGGAACAUUUUCAGCUACUUCAUAUGAAGGGAAUGUGGGAUUAUGCGGAUUUCCAUUACAAAAAAGAUGUGGAAUCAUAGAAAGUGCAUUACCUCCAGCUUUGGCACUUGAAAAGGAAGAAGAUUCAACAAGUUUACUUGAUUGGAGAUUUGUGAUUGCAGGGUAUUGUUCUAGAGUGAUAAUUGGGGUGGUGAUUGGCCAUAUUAUGUUUUGGAGGAUCAUUGGAUGCUUCAAAUUAACAUCAAGAAUGAGAAGACUCAAGCAAAGACAAGGAUCAAGGAAGAGCAAAAGCCAUGGAAGAGUAAAAUGA